AUGGAUGGCGUCCUACAGUGGUUGCGUUACCAUCUAGCCAAGUCUCAAAAGCUUCUACGGUUACUACAAGAGCACACUGUCCGUCUGGCCUGCUUCACAUUGUUUCUCACUGCAUUCCUCUUUCUCUUGGUCGGUCUAUCUUUGCCAAUUAUCAAAUCAAUCGUAAUUAUCAAAGUAUCGGCAGUAAAUUCUGUUGAUCCCGUCUCGAAUGCAAUCACAGAACUGCAAUUUGGAGUAUGGGGUGUCUGUGCAUUGAGUAUCCUCAAUGGCGUCGAAGCACAAGAAGCAUGCUAUGGCCUACAGUUGGGAUAUACAGUUCCUACAAGCAUCUUGUCUCUCGUUGGGUUCUCCUCUAAGCUCGCAAAUGUUGCAGAUACGACCCUCCUGACUAUGCUUGUGCUGCAUCUUGUCAGCGCAGCACUCUCGACCGUCGCCUUUGUGUUGUCUCUCUUGCUUCGCUCACACCUGAUCACAACAAUCGUAAUCGUAUUUGCCAUAAUCACAGCGGUUUUUUCGACUGUUGUUUUUGCUGCGAACAUUGCGCUGGUUGUUGGCAUUAAAGACAACAUUGACUCCCUUUUCCCUGGAGCCGACUUCGCUGUAAGCUUUGGCAAUGGCUUGUGGAUGGCACUAGUGGCGGUGCUUUUGGCUUGGAUAGCGGUUAUCAUGGUGUCAGCACAGCGAUGUUGUUGCUGUGGUGUGAGUCGACACCCCAAACCCAAGGUGCCCAGACCAGAGAUAUCUGAAAAGGACAGUGUGGAGAAGGUCUGGGUCUAA